GUGCAUCAAGGCGGUCGGAUAAAAAGUUGUUGUCUUGUUUUUUUCUUUUCUAAACAAGAGAUGUGUCAUUUAAAGGGAGUGAGAAGGAGAAGGAUGCAAUUUUUUUGAGAAAACAAAUUUCCUGUACUGCCCUGUUGACUAUCAGUGAAAUGUUGCUAAAAAAGGAGCACCAGGAAAGAGAGAGAGAGUACAAAACAACUGAAAGGAGAAAUUUAUUAGCUGUCAUCCAAAAACAACUGUCAAAAAAAGCUUGAAGGAGGGAGAAGGGGACAGAAAGAAAAAAAAAUUUUUCCAAGAGGAUACUCGUGACAUUUUUUUUAAAUUAAUUGCACUACAGGUGACGACCCUGAUGGCGUUAUAAUAUUUGUGUGUGUGUGUAAGGAACAUUAUUCCUCGCACAUUUCGUUUGGUACUAUAAUGUGCGACGUUGUCACAUUGGGAGUUAAAUAGGUUUUAAUAUAACGGGAGGGAAGUGGCAUGUAUAGUGCCAAAAUAUUCUUCCCAAAUCCCCAUUUUUUGAAACGAAGAGAAGUGUAUUCGAUUGGUUUAUUGGUGAGCAGACAAGUGAUCGUUGGAGACAAUGUUGACUUUUGUGGACCUGAAACGCACCUGGUGCAACCCAGAGGCAACUUGGAAACGGUGGUGGACCCACAGGUCGAACCGACCAAUUGCACCUGGACCAUUUCCACCCCGAAACUGAGCGUGAUCCACGUUAAGUUGGAGUAUUUACAAUUGGGACCCUAUGACGAUCGAACCGAUAACGAGGAAAAUUGCCUUUUAAUAUCCAACGGGAACGAAUCGAUCGAGUACCUGCGCCUCUGCGCCGACGCGACCAAUUAUUACCCCGAAACGUUCUCGUUGCCGAGUAACGAGCUGCGCGUGACAUUGGAGACGAGCGCCGAGUCCCACUUAAGCCUCGUUUAUGCCAGUUACGUCGUGAAUUGCUCGUACGACGAGCUGAAAUGCUACGACGCGCGAUUUUUGUCGCGCAACGUCGCCCCGCAGGAGAUGUGCGCCGACGGAAUGCUGUUGUGCGACGAAUUGUGCAAAUUCGGCGGGGUCAGGUGCGGUGGAAACGUGAAUUUGUGCUACGACGUUCACGAGCAGAGGUGCGACGGAAAACCGGAUUGUCCAGGGGCAGAGGACGAAUCCGGAUGCACCGCGUACAUGUCGACCUGCCCCGACCAAAUCGGUUGCCCGGACGAACAAAAAUGUUUAACGAAAAACCAGAUUUGCGACGAAUUCGUCGAUUGCGAGUCGAAAUUCGACGAGUCAAACUGCGACGGAUUCGCCUGCCAAUCGGAUAACGGCACGCGACGUUGCCUCGCCCUACAAACCUCCGAGGAGGAGGAGGAGGAAACUGAACAGACGGAUCUCGUUUAUAUUCUGACUAUGGCCUUCUCUCUCAUGUUUUUGCUCUUCACCUACUUGAUUUGUCGUUGUUUGACUAAGAGGGACAGAGUGAGGAACAUGAUGGACUCUCCAUUGGAUGUACCGCUGCCUCCUUUCAGAGGUCCCGGUGAAAGUUCGAACCAACAAGAGGAGGAACUUUACGACGACGAAGACUUUCGACCCGGAGGCGAGAUCUACGAGAGUUUCUUCACGAAUUUGAAUCGGAUCAAAGACAGACGCAAGCGAGGCAAAGAGGAGCUGGAACUGAGAGAGAUGGAGAGGGUGACGUACGUGCAACCGCCCGAUGGAAAAAGCGUGUUGGACAAGUAUUUUAACGGGGUGAGGCCGAGUUUGAGUGAGGAGUUUGCCUCUUUGGCCACCAUUAAAAUUAGCAGGGACAUGUGCCACGGUUUGAGGAAGGCUAAGAGUGAGGAGAAACCGAUGACGAGGCUGUUGUUCAUUGACAAACAAGAUGACGGAUCGUCCGCCGAAGACAGCGAGGAAGAACACAGUGAAGGAAACUGUAAAAGGGAUGAACCGACUUACUCUAAAAGCGAUACGGAUUAUUAUAGGAGGAAAAUCGUCGCUGCCGGACCUAGUCAUAGGGUGUAAUUUUUGAUUUGAUGUUGCAGAUUUAUUGAAUAAAAAGUUCCGUGAGCAGUGCUCAGUCAAAAA